CUUACAAUUGGUACUCCAAGAGUUUUGGUCAUUAAGUACCCUUCACCAGGUGAAAAGUAACCUAUCAAGGACAAAAGCUAACAAUUUUAUGAAAAUUUGUUCACAAAUAAAUGAAUACUUGUAAAGUACACCGCCCAGCUUGAUAAAUUGGUUGGAAACAUAUUUGAUUGGAUAAUUAGUUCGUGCACUCGACAUCCAAGUAUAUAAAAGUUUAUAUAAGAGUAAACUUUUAUAAUAUGCCACAGAAAGACCAAGUUAUCCGACAGCAACCAGGAAAUUUUAGUCGGAGUGGAACGCCUACCAGUAGGGGUGCAUCCCCACACCCAAAUCGAGGGCUAUCGCAAUCACCACGCCGCAAUGACACAUGCUGUUACUGUUGCGGCAAGAGGAGACCAAACAGUAGGCGAAGUCCAAGACGUGGACGCUAAAGAAUUCGGAAUUUGAUUGUAAAUGAUCUACUGUUGGAUAUAAACUUUGAACAGCUGUUAG